ACUAAAAGCGGAAAAUCUCUUCAAACGGAUUACAAACCUACUACCGAGCACACAGCUUACGCGACCGUGUAUUACAAAAAGAAUCUUAUAGUAGAACAUUCUGGAGUUAGUUUAUAGCGUUCUUUUUAUAGCCUCUAGUUUAAAUUUUAUAUACGGAAUGAAUUAUCAAAUUGUCAUCUUGCUGUCAGUUGUUGCGUGUGCACUAGCACUCCCACUUCCAGAUGAAGAAGUAUCAGUUCUUCAAAAGGCUGCUGACAUGGUUGGUGAAGCAGUAACAGCGACUGAUGAAUUGAUAAAGAAAUCUGAAGCUAGCUUGAGCACCAUGGAAGAAGGAGUGAAUGCCGUCGUUAGUAAUUUAACAGCCACAGCGAAAAAUAUUUCUACAACUGACAUUGAAUCCAAGCUGACAAAAAUUGUCGAUGAUGUUAAAGAAGCUAUAGAAGAUGAGAUCCCAGAAGCUCCUAAAUCGUUGCCAGUAAAAGCUAGAGAGGAAAUCGAACCAAUUGUCCCAGUUGCUGGAGUACGAAAUGAACCAAAGGAAGGAGUUGAGGAAUCAAAGUCAAUAACUUCAUCACCUAAUGCAGAAGAGACUUCCAAGACCACAGAAUCAAAGACUGAUUCAGAAGUCAAACCAAGCACAGAUAGCACAUCACCAGCUUCAGCCGAAAAGAAAACCGAUGUUCCAACAACAGAAUCCGCCCAAAACAAAACUACAGCUAAGCCCGAAGUAGCUGGCGACAAUAAAACCGAUAACUCUAUCCCCAAAGCCACAGAAACUCCAAAGCCAAAUGCAUCAGAAGUUAAGACAACUCAAGCGCCGAAAGAAAAACACGAUCACAGCUCUGAGGCAAACAAAUCUGAUGAAUCAGCCGAAUCAAAAGAGAGUGAGGAAUCGAACGAAAGCAAUAAAUCUAACUUCAUAUAUCACACAGCAUAAAACCGGAACAAUAAUGAUUUUUCUUAACCGAAGUAAUAUUAUUUUCUAGGAUAGUUUAUUUUUUUUUUGUAAUCAAAUCAACAGAAAGCAUAUAGCGCAAAAAUGUUGUUUUCCCUACAGAAUUUAUUUAUGUAAAUAAAUAUAAAUUAUAAAGUGCCUUAAUUAUGUUAAUAAUAUAAUAAUACUUUUUUGGGAAUUGUACAACUAUUUUUGAAUACAAAAUUUACUAAUAAUAUAGUUUUGUUAACCGUUUAUAAAAUAUUUACUUUUAAAUAUUACAUAUUUAAAAUGGAAAUAGUUAUAAAAAAAAAAACAUAUAAUUAUUUACUCGUUUCUAUGAGUUCUUGUUAUGAUGCGUGAGAGUACGUUAUUUUUGUAAAUUAAAAUGAGGAUUGCAAAGGAAUACUUUUUCUCAAUUCUGUAUGUCCUUUAGACUGAAAGAUUUUAAAUAAAAGAAAAUAAAUAAAAAAAAA